AUGUCUUCUUCAAAGGCCAUCGGCAUCGAUCUUGGCACAUCAUAUUCCAGCGUCGCUGUCUGGAAGAAUGAUAGAUGCGAAAUUAUAAAAAAUAAUGAAGGAAACGGGACAACACCCUCUUAUAUUGCUUUCUCUGAUGAUGGGCGUCUGUUUGGCGAGGCCGCCAAAGCCCAAGUGGUGAUGAACCCCAGCAACACUGUCUUCAACGUCAUGCGACUUCUCGGUCAGAAGUACGACAGCUAUGAAGUACAGUACAAUAUGAAGUACUUUCCUUUUCAAGUCUUAAAUCGCGGUGGUCGGCCUAUAGUUGCAGUCCAACACCUCGGGGAGAAAAGGGAAUUGCAUACAGAACAAGUAUUAUCUAUGAUCCUGGAGAACAUGAAGAGAAGAGCCGAGGUUUACCUCGGAUCAGUGGUCUCCAACGCUGUUGUCAGCGUCCCGGCCAUGUUCAAUGAUUCUCAACGUCAAGCCAUUAGAGACGCGGGAACUAUUGGUGGAUUGAACGUUCUCAGAAUAAUCUCGCAUCCUGUCAAUGCCGCUAUGACUUACGGUAUGCAGACAAGCAUUCCUGAGGAGUUCAAUAUCCUCGUGUUCGACCUUGGAGGAGGAACUUGCGAUGUUGCCAUCUUGACUAUUGAGGAGGGUAUCCAUGAGGUCAAGGCAAUCGCUGGCGAUACACAUCUUGGUGGCGAGGAUUUUGAUAAUCGGCUCGUCAGUCACUUCAUCGAAGAGUUUAAGCAGGUGAAUAAGAAGGAUAUCUCCUCGAGUCCACGGGCCGUCCUCCGUCUACGUAUGGCUUGUGAACGUGCCAAAUGCGACCUAUCCUUCUCCACGGUGGUCAAAAUUGAGAUCAAGUCAUUGUUUGAGGGUAUUGACUUCCACACCUGGCUCACUCGGUCCACCUUCGAGACAUUGUGCAACGGUCUCUUUAAUCGCGUCCUUGACCCCAUCAAGCAAGCCCUCGAAGACGUCGGGAUGAACAAGUCCAACAUCCACGAGAUCAUCCUCGUUGGUGGUUCGACCCGCAUACCUCGCAUCGUUGAACUUAUUUCCGACUUCUUCAACGGCAAAAAGCCCAACCUAAGUCUCAACCCCGACGAGACUGUCGCCUGCGGUGCUGCUAUCCAGGCCGCGAUCCUUUCUGGGGACACGUCUGAGAAGACCCAAGAAUUCCUCCUUCUCGAUGUUGCUCCUUUGAGUCUCGGUAUAAGCAUCGUCGCUAAAAGCCCUACAUUCUCUGGUCUUUCAGACGACAUGGAGACGACUUUGGUCAAUACCCCUUUUUCACUUGGUGUCAAGACAGCCGGCGACGUCGUUACUUCUAUUAUAAAGUGCAAGACCAAAACUCCGGCCAUCCGAUCAGAGCUAUUUUCCACUUAUUCCGAUAACCAACAGAAUGUCUCUAUCUCAGUCUAUGAAGGUGAACGCGCAAGGAUAAAAGACAACCAAUUUCUGGGUGGAUUUCAACUCAGGGACAUCUCCCCCGCUCCUCGCGGUGUCCCCCGAAUCGAGGUUACCUUUGAAUUUCACGCCAACAGUAUCCUCAGGGUAAUGGCCUGCAACAAAACCGCCAGCAAGUACUCGGCAUUGAGCAAAGUCUUCCUUAUUCCACGUCACCCAAACGCACUUGGCGAGAAAAUUGCAGAAGAAACGAAGCAGUACAAGGUGGAGGAUGAGGCUUUUCUCGCUCAGAACGCCCUCAGAUUGUAUGCAUCAGACAUACGCAGUACUUCCGAGCGGCUCGACACUGCGGUCAAAGAGGCACUGAUGGUUCUUCACAGUGGAGGAGAGGCUUCGGAGCCGUUCGAUGACGCACAGACAAGGCUUAGGGGUGUUGUGAACGACAUCACAGAGAAGCUGUCUCUCAGCGCGCAGCUCCCGCCCGUCUAUCUGCAUACACGCACGCACGGGCUCGUCCCGCCACCUGCCUGCCUUCCGAUCGUAUGGUCGCCUACUAGUACCGCGUCUCUCGUCUCUAGAGUAGUUGUCGAUUCCCCCGAGUCCUCCGAGUCUCCGUCUAUCAGCGGCAGCUUCCUCGCCCUUCCUUCGUAUUGGAAUUUCCCCGCCCCGCUUGGUUCGUGCACGAGUAUCACUCUGGCACCCUCUUCCCCUUCCCCUUCCCCUUCCUCUUCCCCUUCCUCUCUCCCAUCGCCGAUUAAACCAGACUCCCACGUUCAUCGACAUCCCCCAGCCCAGCUCAUCGAUAUCAUCCGCACCUGCGUAUCCUCGAUCCUCGAUCCUCGUACAGUCCAGCGCCCGAUAUCCAAUACCCGAUACCCUCCUCUUCAGCCUCUCGGGCACACACCCGCACCUCAACGUCCUCGACGUCGUACUCUGAACUGCCCUGAACGCUCUCAAUGUUCGAUAUUCCAAUGCCUUUUCCAUGUGAUCCGCGUGCGUGCGGGUGCGGGUGUAGAUGCAGUUGCUGGUGCUGGUGCUGGUGCUGGACGUGCGCGUGAAGAGAAAGAGAACAAGGAUGAGGCACAGGAAGAGGAAGGGGUUGGGGUUGUAGUGCGAGUGCGAGUGGGUCCAAACGGGUGGGGACAUGGGAACAGGCUUGGACAUGCAGGACGCAAGGGCGAGAGACUCGAAGCAAAGCAAGCACAGGACCCAAGGGCAGGAGAAGUUUAA